AUGCAGCAUCAGUUACAAAAUCAUCAUCGUAAACAGCAGCAGCAGCAGCAAUCAUCGAAAACAUUUCGAAAAUCAAAUUUAUCACUGCAGAAAAAAAAAGUUUCCUGCCAAUCGGAUUCGAAUGAUAUUAUUGAACCGAAUAGACCAUCAUCAUCAUCAUCAUUACGACCAGAAACAGAUCCACAGCAAAUAUCGAAUAAUUAUCAAUUACAACAACAAAAAUAUGAAAAUGAUUCAAAUAUCACUGAAUCAUUGAAUAAUACAGUGUUUAUGGCAUCGACAAUUACGGACAAUGAUCCAGAGGUAUCAACAUCAUCAUCAUUACAACAUCAAUAUGAUCAUGAAUUGGACAUAAAUCAUGAUCAAGAAACAUUAUUACAGCGACAAUUUAAUCUUUAUCGUUAUUAUGUAAGUCAAUAUCCGGAACUUUUUCAAGAAUAUUUCCGUCAAUUACGGCAGCAACAGCAACAACAACAACAACAAGAACAAUUGCAGCCUAAAAAAGAAUUGAAAUUAUCAGAACAACAACAACAAAAAAUUCGUCGUGAUUUUUUUGUCAAUGAAAAUGUUAAAGAAAAAACAACAACGACAACAACAAAUCCAUGUCGUCUAUUAUGUCGUUGUUCCAAAUGUUGUCCAACAACAACAACAACAAGCGAUUCAAGUUGGUCUGAUCAACCAUAUCAACAACAAAGAUCACAACAUCAAGCUACUAGUAAUACAUUAUAUUAUCUGGAUGCAAAUCAUUUACUUGAAGAUGAACGUUAUGAACAUUUAUCACGUGUUAUAACACCACCAAAUGCAUUUCUUAAUAAUCAGAAAAUUUCAAUGUUGAAUUUAAAUGAUAAUAAUAAUGAUAUGAAAAAUCAUCAAAUUGAAAUUAUUGAUGGCCAUGGUUUUAGUAAUUAUUAUACGAAUAGUAUUGAUCAACAGCAACAAUCAUUGAAUACAAUUUUCUAUUCAGAUAAACGUACACAAACUGAUGUUGAAGAAUUGAUACAGAAUGGAUUAUUACAAACACAAACGCAACAACCACAACAACAACAACAAUCAUCAUCGACAGCAACAACAACAGAAUUAUCCUAUCAAAAAAUUGAUCAUCUAAGUAGACGUUUGCAGAGGCAAUUAUCAUUGAUUGAUACAAAAUCAGCUCAACAACAGCAGCAAUUACAUCAUCAAUUAUCUGAACCAUUAAAAAAUCAUUAUAGCCAACAACAACAACAACAACAGUCAAAGCAGCAACAAAAACAAUUUGAUGAUGAUCAUAUUUAUUAUACGAUACGUGAUCCAAAUCGAUUUUCAAACAUGAAUGAUUCGAAUGUUAUCUAUUCAUCAUCAACAACGAAACAAAUGAAUAAAAUGAAAAAUAAUAAUAAUAAAAUGAUUUUAUCCGAUAAAAGCAAUAUAGUAAUGGUAGGUGGUCAAAAUAAUGUUGGUAGUGGUGGUGGUGGAAAAAGUUUCUGGAACCGUUUAUCACAUAAUCGUUCGGAAAAACAGCUAAAUAAAUUGAAUGUAGAUCAUCAUCAUAAUGGUGAGAAUGGAAAAAAAUCUGAACAACAACAACAACCUCAACAAUAUCAACAAAAAUUAAAAAAUUAUAUCCAAGCAAUGUAUUUGGAUCAGGAUAAAGUACCGGAUAAUAAUAAUAUAACAUCUGAUGAGCUAUAUCAAUGGUCAUUGAUUGCCGGUGAUGAUCUUGAUGAUGACGAUAUCGAUGUGAAUAAAUCAUCAAUGAUGAUGGUAGAACAACAACAACAACAACAACAUCGUAUUGCAACAUCAAAAAAUGGUAUACCAUGUGCCUGUGAACGGUGUCGUGAAUCACGUGGAAUGAAUCUAACCACCGAAUUAUUACCGAUUGAUACACAGAUUCCAUUACAAACAAUGGAUAAUAUGGAUUCAUUUUUUCAGGACAGUUCAAUGGCCGAAUUGAUUUGUAUGAUACAAUGAGAAACAAAAUCAUCGAUAAUGGAACCGAAGAAUAAAGAAUUUUUUUUCUUUGAUAAUCAGCAACAUCGAAAAAAAAAAUUUUUCGACGACGGCGAUACAGAAUAUUUAAAGAUUUAUUGUUAAUUGAUUGUUUUGUAA